AGCAUUAAAGCUUCUCUUUCCGACCCGAAAAAAGGAGAAGAAUAGGGUUUUGUCGUUUUAACCCCAAACUUGAGAAACUAGGGUUUGUGAUGGCUUCAUCAAGCACAAUCGAUUACGAGAUCAUCACUGACCCGUGGGAUCCUAAAUGCGUGAGCGCGUGCACCAUGUAUUAUCCUGGAAACGAGCCCGAAGAUACGGAGCUUCUGCUGGAGAAGAUCCGCGGGAAACUUGACGAGCGGAUUCACAAUCACACACUAGCGGAGGAGUAUCGUAUUAUGAACGAACAGAUCGUGAAGAGUCAGGGAUUUGAUGUCGAUUUCUCCAAGCUGCGUUACCUUUUCGACUUCCAGCCUGCGUUUCUCGACGAACUCUACCCACUCGGCAAACCAGAUACCGGUAGGGUCUAUUUCGGUAGAUUGGCUGCAGAAGCCCUUGAGAUUUACAACAAAAGAGAGGGAACUGGUUUCGAGUUCGUUGAUGUUCAGAAAGCAUAUAUUUAUUUGAACAGCGGAAAGGUCUACUUCAUCACAUUUGUAGCCAAAGAUCCUCUUGACAAGAAGACGAAAGUGUUUCAAGCUAAGGUCAUCCAUGUGUUCUGUAGAGAGAUUGUACACAGCUUCUGCAGGCUUAAACCCAACCAAGAAGGAACAUGUGAGGAUGAAGAUUCCAUUGCGGAGAAAGCGUCCGUUAGAAGAACCAAGAAGAGAAAGCAUGGUGGGUUGGAAAUUAAUCAAGAGUGGUGAAGGGGUCCUCUUAUUUCGGUUCAAGGGGUGGCUGGUCUCUUGGUCUCUCUAAUUAUGUUGUGUAAGAACCUUUUCUUUUGUUAUGAUGUUUGAGGAAUAAUUAUGUAAUUUCUGGAUUAAUCCUCCUUUUGGGGGAAGGUGAGAAUUCCAUGUAUCCUCAACUAAGAUUAAACUUUUAUAUCUUUCAUUAGCACUA